AUGAUGUACAACUAUCACCCAACCACCUACGAAAAACACAUUGACAUUGGCUCGUUCAAAGGUUUACACUAUGAGGAAUUAAACACAAAACAAGUUUUAGGUGUUCCGUUUGCUACUGUUCCUGGAAGGUUCAGAAAAUCUCAAUUGAACGACAAUUGGGCUCAUCAAUUGGAUGGUACCAAAUUAGGUCCACUGAUCCCCCAAGUGAAAAGACCAACCUACCCCAUUCCUGUCUAUGAUAGACCUUGGUUGAAUGUUCCUGGGUCUGAUGAAUUUGGACUCAAUCUUAAUAUAAGUAUUCCUGAAGUACCCAAAUCAGGACCUGAAGUACCCAAACCAGGACCUGAAUCAGAAAAGUUGCCGGUAAUGGUAUUUAUUCAUGGUGGGGCAAACACUUAUGGAGCAGGUAAUUCAUGUAUCUUCGAUGGGUUGCAAUUGGCCCAUUUGUCUUAUAAGUUAGGUAAACCAACUAUUGUAGUGACAUUCAAUUACAGAUUAGGUUCAUUUGGAUUUUUAGCUUCGAAAGAUUUAAAGGAAUACAAUUCCAAGUUUGGAGAAAACGGUGUAGGAAACUACGGAAUUUCUGAUCAAAGAAAUGCUUUACUUUGGGUGAAUAAGUAUAUUGAAUAUUUUGGAGGCGAUAAGCUGAAAAUUACUUUAUUCGGACAAUCAGCAGGUUCACAAGCAUCUCAUUUAAUGGUGCUUAAGGAUGAGGGUCUUUUCAAUAGAGUUAUCCUUCAAAGUGGUUUAACACCUUUAUGUGGAGUGUUCACCGUUGAACAAUAUGACGUUAUAUAUUUCAAGUUGCUUAAGAAAUUGGGUAUUGAUACCACGCUCUCUCCAGAAGAAAGAGUAAAAGCUUUGGUAGAAACCAAUUGGGAAGAUUUGAUGAAUGCAAAUGAAGAAAUAUUCCCCAUUCCCUGUGUAACUAUGGCUUAUACUGAAGAUAAUGAGGUUUUACCUUCAUUUCCUUCUUGGAAAGAUUUAGGGAAAAAGGUUGAUCACAAAAUUUUGAUUGGUGAUUGUGCUAACGAAUGUAUAAUCUGGAGUUUUACUUAUAAAGAUAUGACGGCCAAUGAUUUCAUUGAGGUAUUGUAUGACAAAUGUUCAUCUAAAGAAGUAGCCAAUACAUUCAUUGAUCUUUAUGGAAUCAAAUCUGAUUUGAGUAAAGAUGAAAUCUUCCACAAAAUCGAAGACUUAACUUCCGAUGCUAUGUUCCGUUUACCAAACUAUCUUUUCUACAAUGCCAAUCCUUCAUCUUUGGUAUACCAUUUCAAACAAACUUCAACUUAUAAUCAUGAUUGGAAUGGUUAUGCCCAUCAUUCUCUCGAUAAUGUUUACGUUUGGAACCUAUUAAAAGAAUCUUUGCAUGAAAGGGAUAGACCACUUUCAGAUCAAAUGUCCAAACUGUGGGUGCUCUUUGCCAAUGGUGUUGAAUCUUGGGAACCUUAUGGUGAACAUAACAACAUUAUGGUCUUUGGAGAAGAAGGGAAAUCGGGUUUGGCCGGAGAAAAUAGACACAAAGUUUCAAUUUGGAAGAAGAUCAUUGAUUUAGGACUCGUAGAAGAGUUUGGUAGAGUUUGUGAAGAUAUUUGUUUAGCAAGAACCAAUGAUCAUGGGUAUGUUUAG